GCAACACCUGCAGGUGGACAAAGUUGCUCUCUAUCUUGUUCUCCUCCUCCGUCUCCACUAUACUCCAACCUCUCCAAAAAGUCCUGGAUAGUGGGGAUUCGGACCCGCAACCCCCUCCCCGGGACUCCGUCACUACCGAGCCCUGCCGAGGCCACAUGCUCGCAUUAACAAUUAAUAUUGGACAUCCGGUGGCAGUGCCAGCUGCGCCCCAUUUUUAUUGUUGUCUGCCUGCGCGCCGGAGAGGAGAGGAGCGGAGAGCAGCCGGAGAGACCGAGCCACCGACCCACCGGAGCGGCUUCUGGCUGAGAGCUGCAGGACGCGACAUGUGAAAAAGAGCUCCACUCCUUCACCAUCUCAACUCUCAUCUCCAGCAGAACUUCCUUAGACUGACGUGUCCUGACCCCCCCCUGCCUCGGGCAUGCCUCAGCCGGGCAUGAAUGGGAUGGAGCCUGCGUUUGGCGAGGCCUACGGGGGACUCCGGGGGCUGGCCAGCCCCUACCCCUCGGCCAUGUCACCACAGGGGGGCCGGACCGAGUACGAUCAGAGUAUUCUCCUCAUGCUGGGCUCCCCGGCAUCGCCACGGAAACGGCCUUUCGAGUUGCUGAGCGACCUGGUGGAUGAUGGGGGCUUUGGGGAGGACCAACACCCGGAGCGCUGGGACGUGUCUGCGCUGGAGGAGAUGGCUCGGUACACCAAGCUAGGCCUCGGGGUCGGCGGGGAGCUGCUGGCCUGCUCCGAGGAGGGAGUCCUGAUGGGGCGCUGGGGGAGGAGCCCGGAGGAGCAGGAGGAGGAGGAGGAGGAGAGGAGGAGGAGGAGCAGCAAGCACACAGCCCCCCCAGACACCCAAGAUGUCCAGACUUCUGCUGGAGACAAAGAGGACACGCGUGUCUCCGCUCCUACGGCCACACCACGGCAGCUGUGUGUGGUGGGGAGAGUGAUGGGAGUUGUUGACGGCGGGGGGUCCCGGGAGCGCACCAUGGAGGUGUAUCAGGUGGCGCAGGAGGAGGAGGAGGUGGUGGCGGCGGCAGCAGCGGGGCUGAAUCUGGAGCACUGCAGCGAGGAGCACAACUACUCCCUCAUCCAGGGGGGGGAGAUGGGGGCGGGGGCCGCUCACAACUCCCAGGCCCAGGAGGUGCCGGUGGAGGAGGAGCAGGAUCCGCGGGCCAGUGAGGAGAGCCAGGCUAACACAGACGUGGACGAGGACGACGAGGACCAGGAGGACGAGGAGGACGAGGAAGGAGAGGAGGGAGCAGAGGAGACGGCGGUGGAGGCCGAGCUCUCAAGCUCCUCAGAAACCGAGUGUGAGGUGGAGGCGGAGCCGGCCCGGCCGCUCGGCCAACGUCCAACCAAGCGCCGCUGUUUCUGGGAGUACCGGCGCACUCGGGAGUCGGCCACCAAGAAGAAGCUGGGCGGCGACGUCCACUGGUCUCUGUCCUGGAGCUCCAGCACGCUGCCCAGCACCCUGUACCGCCGCGAGGGCAAGAAAGGGCGGCGCAAAGCCCGCAAGACUGACGCCAGCGACCUGACGCCCAACCCCCAGAAGCUCCACAACAUCGGGGAGCAGCUGCAGAAGCUCAACGCUGCCAUCGAUGGGAUGGGUCCGGUCAACGAUCUGCCCGCCGUGGCCCGAGCUCGCUCCCGCAAGGAGAAGAACAAGCUGGCCUCCAGGGCCUGCCGGCUGAAGAAGAAGGCCCAGCACGAAGCCAACAAGAUCAAGCUGUGGGGGCUCAACCAGGAGUACGAAAACCUGCUGGGGGCCCUGCUGCGCAUCAAGGAGGUGAUCCGGCGGCGGGUGGAGAGCAGCGAGGAGGAGGACACGGACGAGCGGGGCAUGACCCAGCGGCUGGAGGACAUCCUGAAGGAGUCCAGCGGUCCUCUGGUCGCCGGACGGACCAAAGACUUCGUGCAGCGGAUCCUGGCGGCCAGCGCCGGCGGCCAGAGCCAGCGCAAGGACCCCCCGCAGGAAGGAGAGGAGGCAGCAGGGUAAACCCCGCCAGAACCCCGUCUUCCUGCCGCCCCGCUCCUCCCAGCAUCCUCCUCACCCGGCCCGGCCGCGUCGCACCCCCUCCAGUCUCACGCUGUGCACGUCUGGAUGCUCCGCAGAGCGGUGGGCGGGCUGGGUUGGAGCAGAGGAGGACGGAGUCACCUAAACAACAUGGUAGUAGAUUACCACCCUGCUCCCGGUCCUCUCCUGCACGGCUCGGUGUGUGCAGGCGGCACCACCACCACCACCAGACCAGAGCUGCUGCUGACGUCUCCGUAUUGUGUUCUGUCGGUGUGUGUGUGUGUGUGUGUGUGUGUGUAUGUGUGUGUGUGGGGGUGUGUGUGGGGGUGUGUGUGUGCGUGCGCGCCUGUAACAUACUGUGUGAGUGUUUAUAGUGUCCCUCUUCCCCUCCGUGAGCUGUAUUUGUAUCCCAUUGUGCCUAUGAAUAGACAUUGCACUGUUUUGUAGAUGGUUGUAGUCGUCGGCAGGGGGCCAGUAGCGAGGCGAGGGCCAGGGGGCAUCUGAGGACAGGGGAGGUGCUGAGAUGAGGAAGUGGGAGGAGCCCGGGCCUGGAACACCAAGGAGUGGGUGUGUGUUGGGGUUUGGCCGGGCUCCCGUCGGAGCGCUGCACACCACUCUGAGUGCAACAGGCUCUGAAACGUCCGUGGCUGACGAAACCCCGGUGCCAGAGCAGGUCCGGGUGGAAACACGUCUCUGCUGCUCUGAGAGACUCCCAUCACGUCCAAUUGACUAUGAAAACAGCACCUUAAUGCAAACUGACCAAAGAUGACUGAAACUGUUAAGCUGCCGGGACGCAGUCAUUCAACACGUCAUUUCACUUUGCAAAGACGAGAGAAAGACAGAGGAAUACUCUGAUUGUUGUCAGGUUUCCCAGCAUGCAUCCUGUAGGUUUCACGUCUCCCCACAGAGCGAUGCUGGUCACCUGAAUGCACCAGUGCUGCGUGUGUGGGGGGGGCGGGAUGCAGCCCGGCGCUGCUCCCUCUCAUCUGCCGGGGCUUUGUUUGAGCCCGCAAAAGGGAAGUGUCCUCCAUGCCUUCCCCGAGCCCUCUCCUCGACCCCUGACCUGAAUAUGUAGCGCACCUUCCUGAAUCGCAACCACGAAUAGCGAGAAACACUUGUACAUGUAGACAGCAAAUAAGUCUGACUUGUUUGGUUUUCUUUGUAGCGUUUGAUUUUUGUUGUCACGUGGCGACGCCACAGCCCACCGAGUGGGCGUCAGUGUUUGAGAUUUGAAAUCUGCCUUUCUUCUGUGGUCUCUGCUGAAGCUUUAUAACCAACCUGUCCUGCUCUCUAAAAGUAGCCGGACAUUAAACAAAAAAAAGAGAAAAGACAAAAAAAGUCAAGCACCCUUUUGAAUUGCACUGUGGUGAGAGCAACUAAGCACCUUUGAUGGAGGGAGGGCUUCAGAUCCUCCAGGAGAAAGAGACGGAGACGCCAGAGACUCCUGGCACCUUUUUGUAGAGACAGAUAUUGAUUGAGAAAGUGGAGGGCGCCUAGCGCCUCAUGUCCGCCUGGUGCUGCAGCUCCGGCUCAGCGCCGGAGCCGGGGCCGGGGCCGGGGCCGGGGCCGGGGCCGGAGCCGGGGGCCGGGGGCCGGAGCCGGGGGCCGGAGCUGCUGCCCGCGGCCCUGCCAGCACGUACUGUUGUAAUAGGCACUUUGUUUGCAUAAUGACGCCUUUCUGAAGUGCCUGGAGCUCCGAGCCACAAGGACAUGUGUUAUUAUGCCUGAUCUUCAAUCCUAUUACAAGGUAAAACUAUGACUACUGCGCCAGGCUUGGCCUCACUUGACUCCACUGAGGGGAAGGGGGGGGGGGGGGCAGAACCCGCCUUGUCAAGGUCUCGUCUCACGUUCAGCCAAAAGAGUCAACCAAAAUAUUUAGCUUUGAGAUGAAACCUGCAGACGGAGAGGAGCUGGCCUGCCCUGGCGUCUGUGAACACGGGGGGGGCUGCCAGGUCCCUGCAGCUUCCCAACCUUGACGAGCUCCCGUGUGGGCCGCGCUCCAGAGCUGCUGUUCUGCAGCUUCCCUCCUAUGGAAAACCCAUUUGGCGUCUCUGGCCUGAGACGAGCGGCCGACUUUAAACGCCCCCCCCCCUCCGGGGGGACGUGUUUCAGGCUGCUGUGAAAGCGCCGGACACAGGAGUCCGGGGGCGUUUAUUGUUGCUACUGUUCUAGUUUUUGUUCCCGGGGAAUGUUUCUGAUGGUUGUACGACUUGUAACACGUUACUGUAAACAGCAGACUCCCAGCGCCGGGCUGGACCGGUCUCACGGAGGUCUGGCCUCCGGGUCGGGCCCACGCCAGAGACACGGCAUCUGUGGAUCUGCAGGGGGGCCCAGGGUUCAGAUCUAAGGCCAUGCAGCACGCUAACCCCACCUUCUCUAGUGGGCCGGCAGCCUGGCAGGCCCUGGGUCUGGAGCUGGUGCAGCAACCAACGAAGAAGAAUAAACAGCUGAACAACUGGACAUAGCAGGAGGAGGAGGAGGAGGAGGAGGAGGUCUUUGAGUUUAAGAUUCCACUUAAAAUACAAGUUUGUCCUGUUGCUUUCUUUCCUCUGAAGCGGUGUUACAUAACCCAAAACAUCUGCUGUGUUCAUUCAUCUAUAAGCCAAAAACUGAGCUGAAGAGAAGAGGCUUCUACCAUCCGAUGCAAACCACAGACAAGGUGGGAGACUUUAUGCAACUACUGAGACCGAGUCCGGCCUGCGUCGGUGUUACAAAGAGCUAUUGUCACGCCGGGGUCCUGCGGGAUGUUCCUCUACCUUUAAAGCUUUAACGGUGAGCGGCCAGCGAGGCCUCGCCUCCGCUCACAUUCCUGAUCCAGUUUCCCGGAACGUUUCUGUUUACGCUCACCUGGCAGCGGGAGGCAGAUAGGUGGGACAGAGGGCCGGCUCUGUUCUCAGGCCCGCCGUAUCUGCAGGGCCGGGCUGCAGGGCCGAGCUGCAGCCUGAGGUGUGGUCGGCUCUGACCCCAGACCGGCAGGCCGGCAGGCCGGCUCUGUUCUGCUCGGGACGGAGAAGCAGCACCGGCCUCUCCAUCACUGCUGUGUGAUGGACCCGCCAGGUCUGCGUGGUUGACCCGGGCUUGUUCUGCCAGUUCACACCACACAGGCUGUAGAUCUGUGUCGGCGGUGCUGCAGAACCCAGAGAAGCUCAGACCUGCAGAGCCUCCGGUGGAUGUUGGAACUGCAACAAACACACUAAAGGAUAGUUAAAGGAGCAUGAGGCAAGAAUAAGAAAUGAGACUCAUUAUCGCCACGACGGCCGUCGGGGUUCCUGCAGCCAACAGCCAAGCCGGCACGGGAGCGCCGUUCAAAUCAACUCUAAAUAUGACUUACAAUGUUAUCUUACCUGGUCAGUAGGAAAUGAGCCAUGUCAGCAUCUGUUUUCAGUCCCAAUUCAAGUUGAAGCUGCCUCCAUGACUCAAACGCGUAUCCAAUGUUUACUCGUGCGCUGCCGAGAACGCCCAUGCAGCGUCAUGUGACGUCACAUCCGCAGGACAGCGCGGGAAAUUCCGGUCACAAUUGCAGCACAUUUUGCAGCACACAGCCUGUUCAAGGCAACGGAGAGAUACACUAGAGGGCUCAUUCUUUUAGGUUUGGAACGCUUCAUCUGACAUUAUUACGAGAAAACUUAAAACCUAUACGCAUUUUUUUUUCAUAAAUCCUGCCUCAUGCUCCUUUAAGUCAUUUUUCUCUGAUUUCAGUGGUUAUUCCCUGAAACAUCCUGGUACUGAGGGAUGCUUGUGUUUGGGCGGGCUGAGCUGCUACCAGGCAGCCGAGGCCUUGGCCUGCAGCUGGAACAGCUGCACCCAUGGGUGCCCAGGCCCAGAGCCGCCCACCGUCCCCGGCUCGGGUGUAGGCGGGUGUAGGAGGAGGCGGGCCAACCAUCCAGUGCCCUGAGCUCCCAGGACCCGGUGGGGCCCGGUGGGGCCCGGUGGGGCCCGGUGGGGCCCGCCGGGCUGAAUAGACCCAUCAGUAAGCCUACACUGGUGGGACGGCGCUGACCUCCUGGUGCCCGUCCCCGCUCUGCUCCAGCGCUCGCAUUGUUGCAGACACUGGAGCGUCUCCGGUUUCAAAGGCGGCGUGCGUCCGUGCGGAGGAGGCCGGAGCGUCGGGCCCCCUGAGUAGCUUAUCCAGAACCUUUUAAUCCCCAGCACCACCUCCACCCGCUGGCUCCCACUGACAGCUGCUGCCGGGCCUCAGUGGAGGCGGUGGUCCGGAGGUUCUUGCGUCUUCAUCUCGUCUCCGGGCCUUUCACUAUAUUUGGACAGGGAAACGUCUUAGUUUUUAAAUGGUCAGCGUUUGUUCACCCACUCUAAGCCGGAGCGGCCGCCUGAUUCCCAGGAUGUUGCCACGUCCCUUUAACUAAUGUGAUGCUACUAGAAUCUGCACCAGCAGCUCUGACUCCUUCUCUUGUUUGUGUUUCUUAAUGAUGCUGUUUGUUAGAUUUAUUAACCUUUCAUGCUGCUGGACUUCUGUGAAAAUGUGCAUGUUGGUGGCCGGAGCCCGGCCCCCCAGAGCUCGGUCCUGCAGAGCCCGGUCCCGCAGAGCCCGGUCCCGCAGAGCCCGGUCCCGCAGAGCCUCUCCCGAGCCUCCCCUGGGCCUCCCCUGGGCCUGUCCAGGCCGGUGUUAGGCCGGUGUUAGGCCGGUGUCGGGCCGGUGUCGGGCCGGUGUCCGGCCGGUGUCGGGCCGGUGUCGGGCCGGUGUCCGGCCGGUGUCGGGCCGGUGUCGGGCCGGUGUCGGGCCGGUGUCGGGCCGGUGUCGGGCCGGUGUCAGGCCGGUGUCAGGCCGGUGUCCGGCCGGCGUCAGGCCGGUUUCAGGCCGGCGUCAGGCCGGUGUCCGGCCGGCGUCAGGCCGGUGUCCGGCCGGUGUCAGGCCGGGCGGAGGGAGGGACCAGUCGUUAGCGAGGAGCUUCAGAGCGUGUUUGAGUAGCGAUCCCUGCUGGUUCUCUGAGACCCAGAGACCAGCAAACAUUCCACGACGCCGUGUCAUAUACUGUACAGCAAACCCCCCCCCGGCGCUCCGUCUGUCCGUCAGUCCCACCAACCACAACCCUCCAGUAACACGUUUUGGACCUGGUAACACAUUAACACGUUUAUGUACAACUCCGUCGUCAGUAAGUAACCUUUAAGAAAAUAGUACAAAAAAACAAAGUGGGAAAAGAAAAAAAAUCAAAAUACAAGUGCCGUACAAAUAGAAGCCUAAUAUUUUUUGUUUUGUGUGAGUGUACUAUACACCUGUAUAAUGUAUAUUUUAAUAUUUAUAUGCUGCAGUUGUAUUAAAGUAUAUUUUUAAAAUAAA